AAUUCUUGUGGAGCAAAUUGCCAAAAUGUCCCAAGUGCGUGAAAGUGAAACUCCUGAAGAUAGGGUGGUCGAAACACUAUCUAGGUUGCCGCCCAAGUCUCUGAUGCGAUUCAAAUGCAUACGCAAGUCUUGGUGCACUCUCAUCAAUACUCCAAGUUUUGUUGCCAAACACCUCAACAAUUCUAUGAACAACAAACUAUCGACCUCCACUUGCAUCCUUCUCAACCGUUGUCAGAAUCGUGUUUUCCCGGAUAGAAGUUGGAAACCAGAAGUUUUCUGGUCCAUGAUUAAUCUUUCCAUUGAUAGUGAUGAUCACAACCUUCAUUAUGAUGUUGAGGACGUCAAUAUACCGUGUCCAUUGGAAGGCCAUGAUUUCGUAGAGAUUGGUGGCUAUUGCAAUGGGAUUGUCUGUGUACUAGCAUGGAAAACUCUUCAUUGGAUAUAUGUUAUUUUAUGCAAUCCUGCAACUGGGGAAUUUAGGCAACUUCCCCAUUCAUGCCUUCUUCAACCUUCCCGUUCUAGGAGAAAAUUUCAGUUGAACACGAUCUCUACAUUAUUGGGAUUUGGUUAUGAUUGCAAAGCUAAAGAAUACAAGGUCGUGCAAGUUAUUGAAAAUUGUGAGUAUUCAGAUGCUGAGCAAUACGAUUAUCAUCGUAUUGCUCUUCCUCACACGGCUGAGGUAUAUACCACGACUGCUAACUCUUGGAGAGAGAUCAAGAUUGAUAUAUCAAGUGAAACCUAUUGUUAUACUUGUUCAGUGUACUUGAAUGGAUUUUGUUAUUGGAUUGCAACCGAUGAAGAAAAUUUCAUACUUUCAUUUGAUUUAGGUGAAGAGAUAUUUCAUAGAAUACAAUUGCCUUCUAGAAGAGAAUCUGAUUUUCAGUUUUCUAAUCUUUUUCUGUGUAAUAAAUCGAUUGCUUCUUUUGGCUCUUGUUACAAUCCAAGUGAUGAGGAUUCUACAUUAUAUGAAAUAUGGGUAAUGGACGAUUAUGACGGAGUUAAAAGUUCAUGGACAAAACUCCUAACCUUUGGACCCUUAAAAGGCAUUGAAAAUCUAUUUACAUUUUGGAAAACAGAUGAGCUUCUUAUGGAAACCUCUGGUGGAACAGCUAGCUCUUAUAAUUCCAGUACCGGAAAUCUCAACUAUCUUCAUAUUCCUCCUAUUCUCAAUCAAGUUAGAGCUUUUAAAGCUCUAAUUUAUGUGGAAAGUAUUGUUCCAAUCAAGUGA